AUGGGAAGGCAACCUUGUUGUGAUAAGGUUGGUUUGAAGAGAGGUCCAUGGACAAUUGAGGAAGAUCAUAAGCUUAUGAAUUUCAUCCUCAACAAUGGUAUCCACUGUUGGAGAACAGUUCCAAAGCUUGCAGGUUUGCUAAGAUGUGGAAAGAGCUGCAGAUUGAGAUGGAUUAAUUAUCUGAGGCCAGACCUCAAGAGAGGUGGAUUUACAGAAAUGGAAGAGGAUCAAAUAAUAGAACUACAUUCAAGACUUGGUAAUAGGUGGUCUAAGAUUGCUACACAUUUUCCAGGGAGGACUGACAAUGAAAUCAAGAACCAUUGGAACACAAGAAUCAAGAAGAGGUUGAAGCUCCUUGGUCUGGACCCUAUGAUGAUCCAGAAGCCAAUUGAGCAAAAGGAAAAUUCUGAUGAUGACAAAAAUAAGACAGGCCUAAUGCAAAAUACUUCAGAAGGGUGUGAAGAAGGUGUGGAGAAUAAGUUCUUGGACAUUCAUGGCAUAGAAGAAAUGCCAAAAACAGAAGAGAAAAGAGAAGAAAACAAGGUGAAUUGGGAUGAUACCACUGGAGUUUUAAACAAUAAUGAAAUGCUAUGCUCACAGUUGGACAUGGGAUUGUGGAUGAGUCAAGAAACCAAAACCAAUACUAGUUCUUGUUGUAGUUCUUCUUUCUCUCUGGAUGAUUCUAGCAACCUUUCUAUAGGUGAAUCCUCUUUCCUUCAGGAAAAAUCCUUACAGCAAUGGGUUGAUGAUUUGGACUCCAUUCUCUCAUGGGAUAGCUUCAGUCCUCUUGAAAAGGAUAUUUUCUUCAUGGAAAAUAGGCAAUAA